ACCCACGAUAUCUGACACAGCGCGUGGGCUAUAAAUACACGAGGUCCUUUGCCAUAUCCACAGACAAGCAACGGGCCAAAGCAUUGCAGAAACUACUGACAGCAAGCGCCAAGACGUCCGACAAUGGCACCUUCCACCAUGCACAGUGCUUUCCAAGUGACAACCAAAGAAAAGAAUAAGUUACGCAAACCGAUCGUGGAAAAGAUGCGCAGAGAUCGCAUCAACACCAGCAUCGAGCAGCUGAAGACGCUUCUUCAGAAGGAGUUUCGUCAACAGCAGCCGGGUUCCAAGCUGGAGAAAGCUGAUAUCUUAGAAAUGACCGCGGGCUUCCUGAAAGGACAGGUCAAGACCAGCACCAAACUGGGCUAUAGCCAGGGCUUUUCCCAGUGUCUGCAGGAGUCCAUCCGCUUCCUGUCUCUCCAGGCGCCACAACAAGCCGCUGAGUUGAGAGUGAUGGAGCGUUUCUACGGAUCACAGAACGCCACCCUGAGUCGCUUAUCUCCCCAGCCUCUCCAGAACUCUGAACCUCGCCAGGUCUGCACGAAACAGCCGGCUAACACCAGCCCCUCGUGGAGACCCUGGUAAAUCAGACAUUAAAGAAAAAGAAAACACAUAUCAAAUCAAACUAGAGGAGAGCUUGCAUUCAAGAUAUUCUCUGUGGCUGUGUAGGAAUGUAUGCGUUCCGUGUAUUGUUUCAGUUCACCUGAUCAGGGCGAGAGAUUCCAAAUCUCAUUAUGCUAUAGAACGUGCUUUGAAAUGAGAACACAGCUUUGUUCUAUAUGUGAGUUUUAAUUCAGUUCUACACGGUUUGUAGGUUUGCACUGAACUGCAUUGUUGUAUAUUACAGUAAUUGCAUGGGGUUGAAAAUGAAAGAGAAAUGUUCUCCGACCUUUCCGCUAUACCUCCUUUAUUAUAGAAAUUGCUCUAGAUGUCCUGCCUUUUGUAAAGGCUUUACUGUGAACUAUAUUAGGUUCAUAACGUAUUGUACGCGCUGUCAAGGCACAUGAACAAUACAUGUGUAUAUAUAAUGUACAAUUUUUAUAAUGAAUGUGAAUGAAUGAAUUAGCAAGGAUGGUUUCUAUUGCUAUCUCUUGCUAGCACUUGUAUUUCAGUAUCUGGAAAAAAUAUGUUGUCGUGUUUUAUACGAGGCCCCUGAGUAAUAAAUCCACUUGAUUGUACUUUGUGUUGAGUCGUUUCUUAUAGCUUUCUGAAAGGACACUGGAACCCAUUAUAAACAUAAACACGUGCGCUCUUCCUUUACAAACCACGAAGAGCAGCCCCUGUGACGCACA